GACGUAAAUUGUAUGGCAUACAUUUGAACAUCUUCGUUGGCCUUUGAAAAUUUCAUUCAGGUAUGAUGUAGUUAGAACAGUUUGUCGUGUUUAUUGUCUUAUGCCGGUUAGUUUUAGCCCGGCUUAACCCAGAACGUGAUUUUUUUAGAUCAGAGCUGUUGACGUUUCUAAACGGCGAUCGUGCUCCCUCGGCUUUCAUUCAUUGAUGCAAUGUGAUAUAAACCGGCUUCAAACAUGGAAGGAUAUUCACGUUUGUACAAUGUGAAUUCAAAAUGUAUUCACCGAUCGGCGUUCUUUAUAAACAAGACACGCUAUACGCUGAAUAUCACUUGACAGCCUCCUGCAAAUACAGCCACCACUCACAGCUCAUGGCCAUUCUUUUGAUUGAUACUGAUCACGUUUUUUUCUUUUUCACGUUCUCACUUACACCGUAAAAAUCUUUAAUUUUAUUUGUGAAAUCUGAAAAAGAAUAAAAUGCUAAACAACUGUUCUGUAAGCUGGCGCUGAUCAAGACAUGUAGAAAUCUUACAAUUCCUACAAGUGAAAGAGUGACAUGUCAAAAGGCCGGUGUAUACAUUAUUUAUCAAUGCAAUCUUGUAUGUAAUACUGUGCUAACAUUUGCGGAUUAAGACUCCGGGGGUGGGGGGCGGGGUUGGGAAAAGAGCCCCGCCCAUGGCUCCCUCGAAUUUUCAGUAAACUAUGUCCUUUGGAGCCUUAAUUUUUCGACACAGAUGGUCUGGGGAUUCUUAAACCAGAAAAGAACGUAUUUCUCUCCCCGUAGCUAGCAAGUAACCCAUCUCCCCUUUUCUGAAUUUUCUGGAUUCGCCCCUGUACGCAAAGCCAAUGUUCAUCAAUUGCGCCAUGGACUCUGUCCCUUGAUCAUGCAUGUGGUUGUCACACCGACCUUAUAUAUGUCACCUGUGCAUAUGGUAAUAUGAUCAAUCAUACUACUUUUGUAUAUUGAUCGUCUGCAAAAUCUUUUAGCAUUGAUAUUUAUUUAGUCUUGCCUAAAUAUUGCCUAGCCUUUGCUGCCUGCAUUUUUAAACUACUGGUGUACACCUUUGGGACUGGAACCAAGUGUCCGUCUUAUAGGUAAAGAAAUAGACUGCAUGGCAGUAGCCUCUUCUAAGAACGUCUGCGUGGGAGGCUAGCACGGCAGGCGUUUGAAAGGGAAGGGAAAGGGCGUCUUAGGAGCGAGAGAUACUAGUGGGGCCCGCCAUGCAGGCUAGUAAAGAAAAAGAGGGGGACAUUGGGGAGUAACCAAUAACGCAACACCGUAAGAAAAAUUUGCAAAUACCCUGUCGAAAAUCCACGAAAUAUCGAUGCCGCAUUUACGCUUUAAUACGUGAAGUUGUAUCCAUCUCACGUGUCUGUUUAUCUCAAGCAUGUAUGCACCAGCAAUCAACCUCAGCCCUUGAUAGAAAACGUAAGAUCUCGAAUUUAUCAUUACAACGAUCGAAAAGCCCGGUCAUUGUAUGGAACAACAAUUCAUUGUAGAUUAACUAUCAUUUAUUAACCUGUAUAUUUUACAUUGUUUUGCGUGGCAUAUUGUAUUGAGCGCAAAAGAACGGUACCGCAAUACCGCGAAAGAUCUUCUUUUACCGAAUACCGUUUGCCAAAAGGAUUUAAAACCGCAUACCUCAGGGCUAGAUGAUACUGCAAUACCGCACAUUAAAAUCAAAAUACCGAAAUACCGCUUGAAAAAAAAACUCAAUACCGCAAUACCGUAAACCCCAAUGUUCCCCUCGAAAAGCAUAAUCUGGAUGUCCGUUUUACCGAGGUGUUUAUCUCAUGGGGGUGCCCAUUAAGAGAGAAUCGAAUGUAUUUUGUUUUCACUGAGGACCACAAUUCUUAGUUAAUGAAAUUUCCUCUGUCGAUCACUUCUGAGUUUCAUCUGCUUAAAGCUGGUGGACAUGGCUCUUAUUGUUCCUUAUGGGUUUAAAUUACCAUGAUUACUUCUUUCUGAAAGAAAAUAGGGCCAAUCAGUCGAGUUUCGUUUUUUUCCUCAACCCUUUUGUCUUCAAACUGUAACGAAAAUUUGUUCUCGUAGGUUUCCGUUGGCAAGCUACAGUAUCGUGCAACUUUUUUUCUUGCCAGUAUGGUUAGUCUUUGUUGGUAUAUUGCUCAGUACUAUACCAGACUAAGAAUUUUCAAGUUAUUUCUGCUCACUCCGGUUAUUUAGGUCUGCUUUUCUAGAUACGUAUUAAGAGUCUCUAAAUAUUGCACUGUUGUGUCUAAAGAAGAAUUUUCACCAAUUUGAUUCGAAUCCACAUCCGGUCACUUCUGAUCUUUUAUCCUCUAUUACAAGGCUGGCUCCGCGAGCGGCCGGCAAGAUGAAGGGGCCAGUGUUCUGAUUGGCCACCCGGGCAGGAAAGAUGUAGCGGUAAGCCUGCUUUGUUUGGUCGACAAACACUAUGAAAACCGCCAGCAACGCAGGCUGGAAAGAUGGUCCUAUCUUUUUGCCCGUUCGGAAUAUCGCCAGCCUUGUACCGUAAGAAAAGAUUUUGUUUCGGCCAUAUAAUAAACCCUGAGUGAUCACGCUUGUUCAGUCAAGAUGACUGAACGUCCUGAAUGUCGGCCUCGUUCUUUUUCGCGCCUGUUCUCAUGGACCUUGACAAUAAAAAAAAAGUUAAAAAAAAUUGGCCAGCUUCCAUCCAGCUUGACCGAACAAACUUGGCCAAAAUUAAACACAUGUAUUGUAUAUCAGCUGAAUUAAGUCGAAGCCCGUAAGUUUGGCUGUCAAAAUCAACGUUAUGUGAGUCUGGCUGUAGCUUCAGCUGAAGUUUUUUAAGGAAAAAAGAAACUGAAAGCAAGCAAGAAAGAAAAGGGAUCAAAAAGUGCAAAUUUUUAGGCUUGGUCUUGGAACAUUCAAAGCGAAGAGGUUAACCCUACAAAAGUCAAAUGACAACUACGAAGAUGUGUUUGCACCGUUAUAUCUUUUUAGUCUGUGGAUGAAAGCCUAUUUUGACACCAUUCAAAUAAAACCUGUUCAUCAGUACUUUUACUUGGAACCAAAUAUAUUGCGAAAUAAGAUUUUCUUUUUCUCUUCAAUCUAAACUGAAUUCCUCAGUACUAAGAGUGAAAGGUUAGAAGUAACCUUAUAUUGCUACCGGGCUAACAACAUGCAAAGUAGAAAUACAUACCAGCUUCCUUGGUUCUAUCAAGGCAAGGCGGAAUGAUCCGAUGAAAGCUAUGCACGUUGGCGGGGAUGUUAUGUGAAUAGCCGUGUCAAUGAAUCGUUCUUAGGUGGUCCAUUCAGAGUCAGUUUUCGAAUAGUGUGAAAAAGAAAAUCGUUCGGAGAACAAUGGCGAGAAUUCUUUAACCCUUUAAUUCCACAAACAAAUUCUCCAGAGUGACAUCCACACAUUUCCUUGUACAGUGGAACCUCGAUUUAACGAAAGGCUUAGGGACUGGCAAAAUUCACCUGAAAAUUUGUUUGCUAUAACGAGGUUUCAUUAUAUCGAGGUUCCUUUCCAUAUAUUUCACUAUUAGUUGGGUGAAGAAAAUCGUUCGUUAUAUCGAGGAUCCAUUGAAAGAUAAGUUGAGAGAAUUUGUUAGAAGAUCAAAGCGUUUUCUCUUAUUGUUAUAACCUUUCGCCUACUAUGAUAUCGCUAGGAGAAAAUUGAUGUUGGUCACACUUUGAACUGUAAGGGCUGAAUAAACCCACUCAUUUUCCCAAUAGUUCUAAAGUUAAGUAGCAGCUGCGCAAAAGUGAAUAGUACAGUGAAACCUCUUUUAUGUGGACACCUUCGGGACCUUCCCAAGUGUCCGCCCAAUAGAGUUUUGUAAAAAUUGCGCAAUGUUUUUGAACGAUUAAGUUUCAACGGUUACUCUGUGUUGUGAUAAAGUUCCAUGUUGUUAAGGAAGCUAAGGACGCUGUGCUGUACUUUGUGCAAGACUUUCGGUCUAAUAUACAGUUUAUUGAAAGCUAAAUGUAUUGAUUUAUCUUUAUUAAUCGACUACAGCUGCUACAGUACUAGAUAUUUCAAGGACGUAAUGCAAUACGACUAUUGUCAAUUCAGUCCGGUGUUAAAAUUAGCCAAAUACAAUUAAUUUUUGUGUCUGCGUUCGCUCAAUAUAGGUCUCCGCAGAAUAGGAGUUAGUUAUAAAGGGAAAUAUAAGACGUUAAUUUCGGGACCCGGCUUAGUGUCCGCUUAAUAGAGGGUGUCCGCUUAAUGGGGGGUCCGCUUAAUAGAGGUUUCACUGUAUUAGAGGAAGUCUUGCUUUCCAUCUUAUAGUAAUGCAUUUGAUCCACCAAAUUACGUGUUCUGAUAACUGCCUCGCCCCACUGACCUCUAUGGCGAGGAAAACAGAGCUCACCCAUGACACCAUGCGCGGCGCUAAGAGCACGUAGGGAUGCCUGCAGACGAGAGAUUUUUGCUAACAGAAACAAUCAUGCGAAAAACGCUCGAAUCUGCCGGCAUUAGGGGUGGGGGAGAGGUUACUGCGUUUGCCAACAUAGCGGAUAGCAUCGAUGAAGUCAAAGUAAGGAACAGCGAGGUGAUGGAGGCCGGACGCCUUAUGACGUCUACACAAAGCCUGACCCACAUAUAUAGAUAGCAGAUUUGCGCGCUUUGCGUGUAACUAUAAAAAACUCAGCUUUUACGAUUAGUUCGUCAGAUAAAAUCCUCGUCAUUUAAAAUAUGAUAUCUGACUGCCUGGUUCUUUCGUAUUGCAGAAAGUGACGUCACAUCUUAGUUUAGCCAAUCUUUGUUGAUCACAUCACCAUGAAUCUUUAUUCCAAGUAUAUGGAGAUCGCUCCGUCUUUCCUUUACGGCCUGUUGUGUUUCUCUGCCAUCUUAGUGUGGACGUUGGUUGCGAUUCUUACCCUACCCUUAUGGUUGUUGUUCAGAGUUUUUAAAUGGUCCCAAGGAGUCAUCAUUUCCUAUUAUAAACUGGGAAGAAUUUUGGCGAGCAAUGACGUACCAUUCCUUCACGAGACGGAGAUCAAUCGUAACUAUAUCAAUGGACUGUUCGUGUUGGAGGGGGAAAUUGGUUUGGAUGACCUUCGCAAGCUCAUCAUCUCCCGUGUGGUCCAAAACAGUGACGAACCCAGCUACGCACGUAUGCGUAAACGCGUCGUCAAACAAUACUGGCGCUAUGUAUGGGUAGACGAACAGGAUUUUGAUAUAAAGAAGCAUGUGUUUAAAUACGAUGGUAUUGCUCCGCGCAGUGAAGAUGAACUACAACAAGUGCUUAGUGAACAGUUCUCGUCAGCUAUGUGUGAUGAUAUCUCUCCUUGGGAGGUUAUAGUGACGCCUAUGGACAUGCCAGGAAAGGAUCAAACAGCCAUUUGUAUGAGAAUUCACCAUACUAUAGGAGAUGCCUUUGCCUUGAUUGGCCUUUUUUGCAGGCUGAUGGAUAAGAAGCCAGAACUACUGCGCGUCAAAAAACCGGUGACUACCCCUUGUGACAAACAGAAACAGGUAAGCUUGAAGAAUAGAGUGCACCGAGGCCCGGGGGUUUGCACCCCCUUAUUUUUAGACUAAACUGAGGACCGAAGGGCCGAAAAAAUUUUCUUGGGAGACCGAACCCCCCCCCCCUUACCCCUUAUCUAAGGGUCCGGAUGACCGCCCGCCCCGUUAUCUCAAGGUCUGGAUCCGGCACUGCAUGUAACCACCAGUCAACCGCCGUUAGGAAAAGUAAAGCCGGUACCACUUGCAACACCAAUACUUGCAACGAGUGCUAAAAGUCUGAAUGGUAACUGCAACUUGCAGCCGGUGUUAAUUAGCCUGUGUAUAAACUCCCCCUCCCAUCACGAAACAUCGGAGAAGCCCCUUGUCCGAUUGUUCCUGAGUGGAGGAGGGGGAAAGGGGGGCGGGGGGGUCUGUAGACAGGGUAAGCCAGUGUGGGCGCUUGAAAACUGGAAAUAUAAAUAUUGCCGAGCUAGGGAGAAAAUGCAAUGUAGAUCAGUGUAGUGCCCUAAGUGGGAUCAAGCUCCUCGUACCUUGGCUGUUGUGAAAGCCUUUUAACCGUUGUUUUAUACCGAAAAAAACAUACCAUUUUUUGCCGAACCGUACCUAAAAUCAUAUUAUUUUCUGUAUUCAGGUAUGGAAGACUAUUCUAUCAGGUCCGUUGGCUCUUCUGAGUGUAGCGCUAUCCACUGCAGACAAUCCGUUUCCCGCCAAAAAGUUGUCAGGUGAAAAGCGAUUCAGCUGGACAAAACCAAUUGACCUUGAGCUUGUUAAGGAAAUCAAGACUAAAACAGGUAAUGACAAGGAAAAUAAUGAUAAUCUUUCUGCAAGGAGUUUUCAAGUGGACCUUUUUGUUAUGCACAACUGGAGCAAAAAUUAGGAUAUAUUUUUUAGUGAAUUGAUGGAGACAAUUGGUCCAAGACUUGAUGACUCAACUUGAAAAGUAGACUCAGCUUUUUCUAGUUAUAAACCUUUUGUUUGUCUUAUUCCGGGGCGAAAGACUACCUUAGAUAGUUCUAUUACAAAACAGGUAAUUUAGUAAUGUUUCAUUUGCCGCAAAUAUAUCUUUGGGUGAAGGUAAUGUUUUGGUAUUACUGAACCUUAAUGGUUGCGAUCGGCAAGAAACUGCCAACCAAUGCAAAACUAAAACGAUGGUUAACAAACGUAAACAGGAGCCUCAGUGGGACUUAUGAACCAAGGCCUGCUCUAACAUCACUGACACGAUCACCUAUGAAAAACUCACAUCUGACAAAGGCUACCAAACGAUAUUCCUAAAAUGGCAUUAAUUAAAUUCGCCAGCUAAGCAAAAAUUCAAGUACAAGCAAAAAUAAAGGAUCAAAACAGGAAAAUACCCAUGCGGACAAAAUCCAGACUAACCUUGACCCACUUAAUGUAACAAAAACGAAACUCAAAAUGAGACAGAUCUUAAAAAUGACUUCCAAAAUACUUCACAACAAUAUUAACAUGAUGAACUGGACUCCCGUGACACAGGCCCUUUAAAAGCGUGCUGGGGAACUGAAUUAAACUCGUAUCAACCCCCGGCCGUUACUCGCUCCAAUUUAUUAGGAGUUCCUGUCCGGGCUUCAAUAGUAUAGGUAGUCACUCAAGACUAAAAUUAUUUUCACGGCAAGUUGAAUGACUCUACGAUAUCAAAUUAACCUGAAGUAAAAAGAAUGGAAGUGAUAAAAGUUGCCAGAAUUUGGACAUAGUAUAAACAGAACAAUUUAAGAAAAAUACCCUUUCACUAUCUCUUUGUGUUAUCUAUUAACAUGUAAGAAAACUUCUUUAUAAUUGUAUCGGACAACAGCAUGGAUGUCAUGCCCUUGAUCUCGAAUAUUUUGAUUGUGGCCAAUUAAUCGCACUAACCUACUGUUCCCAGGCACGACCGUGAACGAUGUCCUAUCCACAUGCUUGGCCGGCUCAUUACGCCGUUACCUUAGCUCCGAGGGAAUUAAGGAAAAUCCUACGGAUAUCCAGAUCGCCGUCACUAUCAACACUCGCCCUCUCAAGGUCUUGUCAAAAGAUAACAUCCCUCUGGAAAAUCAUUCAACUGGCUUGCUGUAUAGUCUUCCUGUGAGCAUGGCAGAUCCAUUGAAACGUCUCAUGGAAACCAAGCGAAGAAUGGACAACUUAAAAGCCUCUUCAGACUGGCGUAUCUUUGGGUUUGUUUAUUCACACAUAGUCGGUCGCCUGCCUGAGUUCAUUGGUCGGUUUUCAUCCUUCUCGCUUAACAGACACUGCUCUCUGAUCCUUAGCAAUGUUCCUGGGCCUCUUUCUCCGUUUGAGAUCAAUGGCAAAGAAGUAGUUACCGCGAUAGCCUGGCCCCCAUUGAUCAGUGACACUGGAAUGGCCAUAACAGUGUUUAGCUAUGCGGGUACUUUACGCAUGAACGUUUUGUCUGACAAGGCUGUACUUUCGAACCCCGCCAAGCUGACGGAAAAAUUUGUGGAGGAGUUUGAAGAGAUGUACAAGUGCGUGAAAAAUGGGCCUGUAUUGGCACCUGACGGGUCUGCUGCCAAAAGGAAGUACUUUUAA